GAUCCUAAAUAUCACUUGCAAUAACCUCAAUGGCUCUUCUUAGGCUUACACCCCUGUGUUUGCUUGUACACUUGUGUUGUUUUGUGCUAUUUGUGAGCUCAGUUUUGGGUGCAAAAGCUAGACAUUUUGAAUGGGAAAUCGAGUACAUGUAUGGUGCACCCGAUUGCCUGGAAAACGUGGUGAUGGGCAUCAACGGUCAGUUCCCUGGCCCGACCAUCAAGGCGCGGGCCGGGGAUACUGUUGUUGUCCAUCUUACAAACAAACUUCAUACGGAAGGAGUUGUUAUUCAUUGGCAUGGAAUCAGACAGCUUGGAACACCAUGGGCUGAUGGAACAGCAUCCAUAUCACAAUGUGCCAUAAACCCUGGAGAAACAUUUGUCUAUAGGUUCAAGGUUGAUAAGGCAGGUACAUACUUUUACCAUGGACACUAUGGGAUGCAAAGAUCUGCAGGAUUAUAUGGAUUAUUAAUAGUAGACGUUGAAGAAGGGAAGAAAGAACUCUUCCAAUACGAUGGCGAGUUCAACCUGUUGUUAAGUGACUGGUGGCACAAAGGUGUUCACGAACAAGAGGUUGAUCUAUCCGCUAAUCCUAUGCGUUGGAUUGGCGAACCUCAGAGUUUGUUGAUAAAUGGAAGAGGGCAAUACAAUUGUUCAUUAGCAGCGGCGCAUAAUAGCAAGGGGUCGGGUCUACCCGGGUGCAAGUUUAGGGGAAACGAAGGGUGCGCACCAAACAUACUACAUGUGAUGCCAAACAAGACAUAUAGGCUGAGAGUGGCCAGCACCACUGCUUUAGCUUCACUCAACCUUGCCAUUGGGAACCACAAAAUGUUGAUGGUAGAAGCUGAUGGAAACUACCUUGAACCUUUUUGGGUAAACGACUUUGACAUAUACUCUGGUGAAUCAUACUCGGUUGUAUUUCGCACCGACCAAAAUCCAGCUAAUAACUACUGGAUCUCGGUCGGUGUGAGAGGAAGACAACCAAGAACACCUCAAGCCUUAGCCAUAUUACACUACCAAACCACAACUGCCUCAAAACUUCCCACACUUGCUCCACCGGAGACUCCUCUUUGGAAUGACUACGCGCGUAGCAAGUCAUUCUCUAACAAAAUCCGAGCCCUUUCGGGGUCACCAACGCCUCCACGCAUCAACCAUCGUCGAAUCUUCCUACUCAACACCCAAAACCGCAUUGAUGGUUAUACCAAAUGGGCCAUCAACAAUGUGUCAUUGACCCUUCCCCCAACGCCUUACUUGGGAGCGAUCAAACAUGGUUUUAGCAACGCCUUUGACCAAAAAAGCCCACCCGAUACGUACCUAAACACAUAUGAUAUAAUGAAGCCGCCAUCAAAUCCCAACUCGACCUAUGGGAAUGGUGUUUACAUGCUAAAGUUCAACACUACUAUUGAUGUGAUACUACAAAAUGCCAAUGCACUAAAUGCAAAUGUGAGUGAGAUACACCCAUGGCACCUUCAUGGUCAUGACUUUUGGGUGUUGGGGUAUGGAGAAGGCAAGUUUUCCAAGAAAGAUAUAGGGAAGUUUAACUUGAAAAACCCGCCAUUACGUAAUACUGCGGUUAUAUUUCCUUACGGGUGGACCGCGUUAAGAUUUGUCACGGAUAAUCCGGGUGUGUGGGCAUUUCAUUGUCACAUAGAGCCUCAUUUGCAUAUGGGCAUGGGUGUGGUGUUUGCAGAAGGGGUUCAUCUUGUGGGGAACAUACCAAAUGAGGCUCUUUCUUGUGGUUUGACAGGAAAGAUGUUAAUGAGCAAGCCUCACAACUAAAAGGGAGGGUACUUAAUUUGUUAACUAUUUUUAAGUAAUUAUGAUUCAUGUAAGCUCCUUAAACUUGGAGGGGUUGUUUGUUAUUUUGUAGUAUUUAUGUGAGAUGUCAUUAAGAUAUUUGUUAAAUUAAAAUCUCCAGUAUCUUUUAUACAAA